GCAAAUAAAUAAAUUAACAACAAUACAGCAAGGAACAUUUCAAGACCUACCGUCGCUUGAAUAUCUAAGUUUGAGAUCAAACAAUCUGACAUUUAUCAGGAAAGACACUUUCAAAAAUCUUACCAACUUAGAAUCUCUGUAUUUGCAGACCAAUCAAAUAACUACAAUAGAGCCUGGAUCAUUUCAAGACCUUCCUGCGCUUAACCUUUUAGAUUUGAGCAGUAAUCAAAUAAUUACAAUACAGGAAGGAACAUUUCAAAACCUACCAGCUCUAAACACCCUAAGAUUAGCCAACAACCCACUGGAUUGCUGUGACUGUGAUUUGGAGAAUCUCAAGCUGUAUUUACUCAACAAUACACACUUGAGAGCAUCUGCGACAUGUAAUGGCACAGCAACCUUAGUAUAUGAUAUUAACUUCACCGACUGUGCAGACUCAACGGAAUCUACAAUGCCACAAUCCACAAAGAUAACAAUUGGAGGAGAAACAGAAAGCACAACAGACAAAAAAACAACAGAAAUCAUAACAAGAGAGUUAACAACAGAAGGUACACCAGCGUUACAAACAGCAGAAAACACCACAUAUAUGUUAACAACUGAAAUCAUAACAGGAGAGUUAACAACAGAAGGUACAACAGCGGUACAAACAGCAGAAAGCACAACGUUUGUAUCGACAAAAGAGAUCAUGACAGUGGCAUCAACAAAAGAGAGCAUAACAGACACAAACAAAAAAGAGAUCACGACAGUGGUACCAACGAGAGAAAGCACGACAGUCGCAUCAACGAAAGAGAGCACAACCGUUGAAUCAAAGAAAGAGAGCACAACAGUGGCAUCAACGAAAGAGAUCAAUAUAGUGGUAUCAACGAAAAAGAGCACACCAGUAGCAUCAACAAAAGAGAGCACAACUGACACAAUAGCUACUCUUUACAAUACUAAUGAUCCAAUAAUAGUCGGAAGUGUUGGAGCUUUUAUUGCAAUUAUGUCUCUCGUUGGAGCAGUUUUUGCUACCUGUCUGAUCUUAAACAGAUUGAAUUUAAAGAAAGAAACAAGGAAAGAAUUAUCUGACAGUUUUGAUAGGAGGCGAUUUCCAGCUAUGCCACUACGACAUGGGGGGCAUAUUAGUUGGUAUUAAAAUAGCGUCCUUGAUUAUGCCAUACUGACACAGCAUCCAUGUCUACAUGUUACCAACACCUAGUAGAUAUGUUAUGGCAUUGGCAAAUUGUCUGUAUUUUUUUAAGUAUUUGCUGAUAAACCAUGCUAAACGUUGAUCACAUUGAUGGAUAAUUUAUCACUUGUAAAUAAGUAAAAAAAAACAUAUAUUACGAGUUUGACAUUGACACACUGGUUAUGGAUAUCAGUAUUGUGUUAUUUUAUAUCCUUGAAUUGUCAAUAGCCAUUGUUUUCCCUGCAUUUAACCGCAUUGUGGCACUAAUCAUGUCAUAAUUACACAGCUGAUAUAACAAAUUAUUUAACAUUAUCUUAGAUUCCUAGAUAUGUAACUAUAUUUUAAAAUGUAGAAUAAAUAAGGGCUUGGAUGUUAUUAAUAUUAGAAAUAUUUCCCACCAUAAGUCUGUAUAGAAAACAAUAUCUUAUUACUUCAAAGGUACAACCUUACCCGCCUUGUCCUAGUCUAACCAAUUGCAUCCAAGAUUUUUAAUCAGAACAGGGUGUAAAUGAUCGUUACCCUGAAGGAUAAAAAUAAAUCCUCCCGAUUGAUUUUGUUUAUUGUCCCUAUAUAAAUAUGGUCUUGCUCGCCAU